AUGAGUACCAACCGAAGUGCACAACCUACAUUCACAAUCCCAACGGUUGACCUGACUGGCUAUCUCAAUGACCCUGAAUCCUCCCAGGCUGAGACCAUCGUGACACAAAUUCGCACUGCUUGCACAACGAGUGGUUUCUUCCAGAUCACUGGACACGGUGUCCCGGAAUCGCUCCAGAAACGAGUGUUUGCUGCAGCAAAAGCGCUGUUUGAUCUACCUGAUGAGGAGAAGCACAAGCUCAGUGGAAAACCCGGGCGCGGGUUCGAGGUCAUCGGCGCCCAGACGUUGGAGGAUGGCAAGAAGCCCGAUUUGAAAGAGGGAUACUAUGUCGGUCGCGAGAUCCCUGGCAACAAGCCGCCAUUCAGACCUUUCCAAGAAGCAAAUAUCUGGCCAUCUCAAAUCCCAGAAUCAGAAUUCAAACAGCCUCUAAUUGAAUACCAUCAGGCUAUCUCUGAAAUAUCAUUCCAGCUGAUGCGGAUACUGGCCAGAGGGUUGGCCAAUUUCGAUACUACAGUGUUCGAAAACUUCUGUCGGGAUCCAAUUGCUGCAGUCCGGCUACUUCAUUACCCUCCGCAUCCCAAAUCCGAUGACUCAGCCUUGGUGGGCGCCGGCGCACAUACCGACUUUGGAGCCAUCACCCUCUUGCUUCAGGAUGGACACUCCGGUCUGCAGGUCUUGAACCAGUUUACUGGGGAAUGGAUUGACGUUCCACCUCAAGAACAUGCAUAUGUGGUCAAUGUCGGAGAUAUGCUAGAAGCCUGGACGAGUGGCGUCUACAAAAGCAACAUACACCGGGUCAUCAACACUUCUGGCACUGACAGAUAUUCAAUCCCUUUUUUCCUGGACGGCAAUGCAGACUGUAUCAUCAAGCCCCUGGAUGGCUCCGAGGGCAAGGCAUUUACGGUUGAAGAGCAUAUGCUGUCCAGAUACGCUGCUAGCUACAAAUAG